GGGGAUGAGUCAAUGAGGUUUGGAUCCUGUUUCUGUAUGGUUACGUUACACUCAGCAGAGCAGCAGAUAGCCAGCAUCACAGACGUUGUGUCUCACACUACAUGAUGGAGACGACUGGAAAUGCGUCCAGACUUUGUCAACUAACAAAUAAGAAUCCAGCUGUUCACUGAUCGCCUCCAUGCAAGCAGACACAGAGGGACUCAGCGCGUUUGGCUAACGUCUCUGGAGGAGAGGACCAAGAUUCUGCACCUCGCUGGCAAACUGACCAAGCUUCAGAAAUGCAGGUUCAACUGGACAUGGAGGGUGCUCUGACUGCCAGGGACCGGGUGGGAAUUCAGGACUUUGUCCUGUUGGAUGAAACCACAGAYGCAGCCGUUAUCAGCAAUCUAAAGAAACGAUUCAGCAAGGAUUUGAUUUACACCUACAUUGGCACAUUGCUCGUGUCCGUCAACCCCUACAAGGAACUGGACAUCUACAGCAAGAAGCAGAUGGAAGUCUACAUGGGUGUCAACUUUUUUGAGCUUCCACCACACAUCUAUGCUUUGGCAGAUAAUGCCUACCACACCAUGCUGACAGAGUUCAACAACCACUUCAUCCUCAUCUCUGGCGAGAGCGGCGCGGGGAAAACGGAGGCCUCCAAGAAGAUUCUGCAGUAUUACGCUGUCAGCUGCCCGAGCACCACUUUGCUGAACACUGUCAGAGACAAAAUGCUCAUGUCCAACCCUGUCCUGGAGGCUUUUGGGAAUGCGAAGACACUGAAAAAUGACAAUUCAAGUCGAUUUGGGAAAUAUAUGGACAUCCAGUUUGACGGCCAGGGCGAUGCAGUUGGAGGCCACAUCCUGAACUACCUGCUGGAGAAGUCGAGGGUUGCGCAUCAGAAUCACGGGGAGAGAAACUUCCACAUCUUCUAUCAGCUGGUGGAGGGAGGAUCAGAUAAAUUACUGCAGCAGCUGGGCCUGGAGAGAGAUUGCCAGCGUUAUAACUAUCUCACUCAAGGGGAGUGUGCCAUUGUUUCGUCCAUUAACGACAAAAAUGACUGGAAAUCAGUGAAGAACGCACUACAAGUCAUUGACUUUGACGAAACAAACACCAGCCACUUGUUUGGGGUGGUGGCGAGUGUUCUCCACUUGGGGAACGUUCGGUUCGACACAGACGGAAAAGGUCACGCACUUCUGAACGACAAAACAGACCUGAACUGGGUUUCAAAUCUUUUAGGUGUGGAUGCCAACAAGCUUCUGGAGGGGCUUACAUUCAGGAAGAUUGAAGCCAAAGAUGAACAGGUCCUCAGUCCAUUCACGACUGAUCAUGCCAUUUAUGUCAGAGACGCCCUGGCUAAAGCCAUCUAUGGGCAGACCUUCACGUGGCUCGUCAACAGGAUCAAUGAGACAAUAGAAAACCAGGACUCCUCGCGGAAGACUGUUAUAGGACUUUUGGACAUAUAUGGAUUUGAAGUGUUCUACGUAAACAGUUUUGAGCAAUUCUGUAUAAACUACUGCAACGAGAAGCUGCAGCAGCUUUUUAUCCAGCUGACACUCAAAUCCGAACAGGAAGAAUAUGAAGCAGAAGGAAUUGAGUGGGAACCAGUUCAGUUCUUUAACAACAAGAUCAUCUGUGACCUGGUUGAGGAGAAGCACAGAGGAAUCAUUUCAAUACUGGAUGAAGAGUGUCUCAGACCAGGUGAUGCCACAGACCUCACUUUCCUCGAAAGGUUGGAAGAAAAGAUGGGAAAUCAUCCCCACUUUGUCACGCACAAACUGGCUGAUAACAUGAUCCGCAAGACUCUGGAGAGGGGAGAUUUCCGUCUCUUGCAUUAUGCCGGGGAGGUCACCUACUGUGUUGUGGGUUUCCUGGACAAAAACAACGACCUGUUAUACAGGAACAUAAAAGAUCUGAUGUGUAGGUCAAAAAAUGCUAUCAUCAGUGAGUGCUUCUCCAACAUGGACCUUGACAACAAGAAAAGACCAGAAACAGUAGCGACCCAGUUUAAGAACAGCCUGCAGAAGCUGACGGAGAUGCUCAUGGCUAAAGAGGCCUGGUACAUCCGCUGCCUGAAAUCUAAUGAGUCUAAGCAGCAAGGUCAGUUUGACGAGGCACUGAUCAGACACCAGGUGAAGUACCUGGGUCUGAUGGAGCACCUCAGAGUCAGAAGAGCUGGUUUUGCUUAUCGACGUAAAUARGAGGAUUUCUUAAAGAGGUACAAACCUCUGUGCCCAGCCACCUGGCCUCACUGGAGAGGGCUACCUGCUGAUGGGGUUGAACUGCUGGCUCAGCAUCUGGGUUACCUGCCUUAUGAGUACAAAAUGGGGAAAACCAAAAUUUUCAUUCGGCAUCCCAGGACACUGUAUGCUACAGAAGAUGCUUAUGAGAAAUGUAAACACCUCCUGGCAUCACGACUCCAAGCCAAGUACAAAGGAUACAAGGCAAAGGGAGAGUUCAGAAAACAGAAGGAGGCAGCCACUAAGAUUGAAAGUUGUUGGCGAGGAGCUCAGGCGAGGAAGGAAAAAGAGAAAAGAGCUUGGGCAGUAAAGGUCAUCAAGAAAUUCAUCAAAGGUUACAUAAAUAGAGGACAAGCAAAAAGCACAGACAACUCAGAGUAUCUGGCCUUUGUGAGGCAAAGUUACUUAAACAGACUGAAAAAUAACCUGCCAAAGACUGUUCUGGAUAAAACCACCUGGCUAACUCCUCCAGCUGUGCUGACAGAGACAUCAGAGAUGCUGCGUAAGCUCCACUACCGAUUGAUGGUGCGGAAAUACGUGAGAGGAAUCACACCUCAGAAGAAAGCGCAGCUUCAGCUGAAGUUUGUUACAAGCUCUAUCUUCAAAGGUAAAAAGGAAAGUUACCCACAGAGCAUCGCUCAGCCGUUUCUGAACACAAGAAUCAGUGACCAAGAGAUAAACAUGAGGGUUCUCAGUAUGAUUCGCAAUGAGCAAAUCAAGUACAGCGUUCCAGUGAUUAAAUACGACAGGAAUGGCUUCAAACCGAGGCCGAGGCAGCUCAUCCUCACUCAGACUGCUGCCUAUGUGGUGGAGGAGGCCAAAAUCAAACAGAGAGUGGUCUACACCUCCCUCAAAGAGAUUUCUGUGAGUAACCUAACCGAUGGCAUCAUUGUGUUUCACAUAACGCGUGACGACCCUAAACAAAAGGGAGAUCUGAUCYUGCAGUGUGACCACUUGUUUGAGUGUCUGACCCAACUUAGCGUCAUUGCUAAAAAACAGAGUGCUGUCAAUGUGGUUAAGGGAAGCAUCAAGGUUGAAAUCCAGCCAGGAAGAGAGACUGCUGUGGACUUUAGCGCUGGACAGGAGCCAAUGGUUUACAAAGCCCAGAACGGACACCUCAUGGUGGUCGCCACUCGCAUGAGGACACGCUAACGUGUGUGGGGGGCAGAAGAAGAGACGCACAAGUGGCCCCUACAUAUUUUAUUGGCAGACGCUAAGGAGCGGAUCGGUCUACAGAACAUACACCUGAGACCAGAAACUGCAACCCACAAGACAUCCAGGAUGAGCUUGCUUUAAAAAACUGUCAUUUGAAUUAAGAGUUUGAUCUAAAGCUCAUUUUAGCUUAUCAUCAUGGUGUUUAAACAAAGAUUUUCACUCUAGUAUCAAAUGUAAGGUUGAACCUCAACCUACAAAAGAAAAGUAGAGAAACUCACAAACUGCUUCAACAAGGAUCUGAUUUCUGGAAUAACAAAGCCAUAUGUAUUAGGAUUUUGUAUUUUCACUGAUUGUGAAUUAAUAAAAAGAAACAAAUYAUUGUUUAUAGAAAUUUAUUUGUGAUAAAGUGUAUAUAAAUAUAAAACAUUUACUUUUGUACAACAGACCUACAAGUACUGCGACCGUUAGACAUUUCAACUCAAACCUAUAGUGUGCAAACAGUACAAUCUCUGAUGAAUGCUGGGAUGAAGGACCGGUCUAAUCUGACUCCAUGUUAAGAGCUUGUAGACAGGGUUCCUCUUCCUAGUUCUGAGGAUCUCCAAUUCCAGUCAUUCACUUCAACCUCAGCAGACAUCAUUCUAUCAGCCUGGUACAUUUAACACCUAAGGUCACAGAUCAAAUUCCCUCCACUUACAUAAAAGGAUUUGUUUAGUGGGGUGAAGAGAAAUAAAUUAUUGGUAAAACUAAAAACAGACCAAGAACUACAGUAAAAUGUUCCUUCCUUUGGUGAUAUUCUAACUACAUUAAAUGAUAUUUUAGAGACGUUUAAUUGUCAGCAGGCUACAAAAAGACACGGUAAUCUAGGAGUACAAUAUUGCCACAAAGUGGCCGCACUGUGUAAAACACCAGUUUCAGCCACUCGUGAUGUUAAAGUGGAUCUAUAAGAACCACAAUGACAAAAAGCUGAAAAGUAUAAUUUUAAGGUGAACACAAAGGUUUAAUGUUAUUCUUCUGUAUUUCAUGAUGAGAGCAGGACCCUUCUAUAACAUAUGCUGACAGUCCUCUCUCUCUCCUUCUCUCUAAACGAAUUGAUUAAACUGGUUGUUGUGCUGAAUGCAAACAUCCAAGCUUCUGUAGUAGUAAUAUUGACUUA